AUGGACGAGAACGGAGGAUACCGAAUGGCCUCCCUGAAGGAGUUACUGGAAUACGACGAAGAGGCAGUGAUUGACCAGGGCAAAUGGAGCAGCACUGCCAGCUUGCACUAUGAGGAUGAGUUGGAAACCAGCCCAUCCCAGCGGGUGCAGGCCAUCCUUGGGAGCCAGGAGGACGAGCAGCACGCUCCCCACAAACUCUUCUGCCAGAUGGCUGAGAUCUGCGUGGCAGAGGGUGAAGCUGCUGAGUGGAAGGAUGCAGCAAGGUGGUUCAAGUUCGAGGAGGACAUGGAAGACGGUGGUGAAUGCUGGAGCAAGCCCUACGUGAGCACACUGUCCCUGCGCAGCCUCUUGGAGCUGAGGAGCUUGAUCAGCAGUGGCACAGUGCUGCUGGACAUCGGUGCCAGCAGCAUGGAAGAGAUUGCAGAUGCCAUCCUGCACCAGCAGGGACAGAGCUCAGGGCUUGAUGAGCAGGCACGGGCGAGAGUGCGAGAAGUGCUUCUGCUGCAGCAUCACAACAAGGAGAGGAAGAGCUUCCUUGCCAGGGCUGUGGCCCGAGUGUCAGCACUCAGCCCUGAGCCUUCUGUAGACGCUGCCGUGGCUGAAGGAGGAAGGAAGCAGGAGAGCUCCACAAGGGCUUUAGGCAAGGUGAGAGCCCUGCAGCUUUCUUCUGCCUUCAGGGCCAGAUUGGCUCUGGCAAGGUGGCCCCAGGGGGCUGCAGAGCGUCGAGGGCUUUGCUCUCGGGGCAGCUGCCUGAGGAUUGCUUCUUGUGGCCAGGAGGAGCUGCGCUUGCUGAAGAGAAUUCCCAGCGGGGCCGAAGCCUGCAGCCUGCUCGUAGGGGAGCUGGGGGCCCUUCAGCAGCCCCUGCUGGCCUUUGUCCGCCUGGCCCAGGCUGUGCUGCUCCCGGGGCCGACCCAAGUGCCCAUCCCAACCAGGUUCCUGUUUGUUUUGCUGGGGCCAGCAGGAAAAGCCCAGCAGUCCCAUGAGGUCGGCAGGGCCAUGGCUACUCUGAUGAUUGAUGAGGUUUUCCAAGCAGUUGCCUAUAAAGGCAAGAAGCCAGGGGACCUGCUGGCUGGCCUGGAAGAGUUCCUGCAGCAGGUGAAGGUCUUGCCAACAAGCCAGUGGGAUCCCUCCAUCCGAAUCGAGCCCCCGGAAAAGGUCCCUCCCCAGGAGAAAAGGAAGGUGCCAGGAGCUGUGGGUGGCAGUGCUGCGCCCAGCGAGCCGGCGAGACACACUGAGCCUGAGCUGGAGCGGACAGGAAGGUUCUGCGGAGGUCUCCUCCAGGACGUGAAGCGCAAAGUGCCCCGGUUCUGGAGCGACUUUCGGGACGCCUUCAGCCUGCAGUGCCUGGCGUCCGUCCUCUUCCUCUACUGUGCCGGCAUGUGCCCUGUCAUCACCUUCGGCGGCCUGCUGGGGGAGGCGACCCAAGGCUACAUAAGUGCCAUGGAGUCCCUGAUGGGUGCCUGCCUGUGUGGCGUGGUCUAUUGCCUCUUGGCUGGGCAGCCUCUCACCAUCCUCGGCAGCACCGGACACAUCCUCGUCUUUGAGAAGAUCAUCUACCAGUUCUGCAAGGAGCAGGCACUCUCCUACCUGUCCCUGCGGGCGUGCAUCGGGCUCUGGACCACCUUCUUCUCCCUGGUGCUGGUGGUGACCGACGCCAGCUCCCUGGUGCGCUACAUCACUCGCUUCACCAAGGACACCUACGCCUCCUUCAUCUGCCUCAUCUUCAUCUACGAGGCUCUGGAGAAGCUGAGUCAGCUGCGAGUCACCUACCCUCUGCACAUACCCAUGGCCAUCGACUCCCUCACCAACUACGGCUGCAAGUGUGUGGCACCAGCCCAGCCCAGCCUCGAAACCCUGCGUUUCUGGGAGAGCAUCAAGCUGGACGUGCCUGGCAUCGCCUGGCAAAACCUCACGGCGACUGAGUGCCGGCACUUGCGGGGAGAGUUCCGAGGCCCUGCCUGUGGGCCCCAUGGCCCCUACGUGCCUAAUGUCUUCUUGUGGUGCUGCAUCCUCCUCUUCGGCACCUUUGCCCUGGCCAGCUUCCUGAGGAACCUGAGGAGCAGCCCUCUCUUCAGCACCAAAGUACACUCCCUCACCAGGGACUUUGCUCUUUUCCUCACCCUGGUCACCAUGGUGCUGAUCAACUCCCUGGUUGGGAUCCCCUCGCCCAAGCUCCCGGUGCCCAGUGAGAUCAAGCUGACCAGGGACGACCGCGGGUGGUUCAUCAGCCCCCUAGGACCCAACCCUGUGUGGACAGUGUUCGCUGCGCUCAUCCCAGCUCUGCUCUGCACCAUCCUGAUCUUCAUGGACCAGCACAUUGAGGUUGCUGUCGUCAGCAGGAAGGACCACAAGCUGAAGAAAGGACGUGGCUACCGCCUGGACCUCUUUGUGCUGUCUGUGCUGCUCGGGGUGUGCUCCCUGAUGGGCCUGCCCUGGUUUGUGGUUGCCACUGUGCUGUCCAUCGCCCACGUGAAGAGCCUCAAGGUGGAGUCUGCCGGCUCAGCUCCAGGAGAGCAGCCCAGGUGCCUGGGGGUGCGAGAGCAGAGAGUCACCGGCGUGAUGGUCUUUGUGCUCAUGGGCUGCUCCGUCUUCCUGACCUCGGUGUUAAAGCUCAUCCCCAUGCCUGUGCUUUACGGCAUCUUCCUCUACAUGGCUGUGUCGUCGCUCCGAGGACUCGAGUUCUUCAAGCGCUUGCUGCUGGUUCUGAUGUCAAGGAAGCACCAGCCGGACUACAUCUACCUGCGGCAUGUCCCCCUGCGCAAGGUGCACCUCUUCUCCUUGAUCCAGGUCCUCUGCCUCACCGUGCUCUGCCUCAUCAAGAUGUCCCCUGCUGCCAUCAUCUUCCCCCUGCUGAGUUUGGCUGUGGUCUUGGUGCGGAAGGCGAUGGAGUUCUGCUUCUCCAAGCGGGAGCUCAGCUUGCUGGAUGACCUUCUGCCAGAGAGGAGGAAGGAGGAGGAGAGUGCCAAACCCGAAGGCCAGCAAGAAGAGGAAUCCAUGGAAGCUGCUGGUCCCAAUCCAGUUCAGCUGGAGCUGGGGAAGACAGGCGACUUGGAUCCCCCAGAGCAAAGCAGGGACAGCUUCUGCUAUAUAUGCACUCCUACUAAAAGCGUCUGCACCGUGAGAAGCAGUUGGAAGAUCAUCUCCACAGAGGGAGGACGCUUCGCUAAGCCCGAGGAGCCCAGCAUCGCCGCAGCCAGUCCCCCGAGAAUCUGCCGUAUCUGGGCCGACCCCCCAGCCUCGCCUGCUGCUGUGUCCUCUGAGCCCGCCUGCCGGCAACCGUCGCCCUGCCCUAACGUGCGGGAUGAGCCCCAGGGCCCGACCCCGACCAGGACCGACCCCUGUCGUCUAGAGGGGAUCGACUGA